GUUAAUAGAGAAACGAUUUUUAAAAACAAAACAUGGGUCGUUUCGAUGUUGAUUUAUUGUGGAAAUUAUGGUUGAUUAGUAUAAUAGUAGUAGAUUGUAAUGCUGCCGUACCAAAAGAAUCAUAUCAAAGUCAAAUACCUGCACAAGGAUUGUAUAAUGCUAGUGAUAAUGUCGUUAUUUUAAACGUCACUAACUUUAAUUCAUCUGUUUACGGAGACACAAAAGGUUGGUUAGUCGAAUUUUAUAAUAGUUGGUGUGGCUAUUGUUUUCGAUUCGCACCUGUAUGGAAAGAUUUCGCCAAUGAUAUUUACGCAUGGAAAGAUAUCGUAGUAGUUGCUGCUAUAGAUUGUGCAGAUGAUGAAAAUAAUCCAAUUUGUCGUGAAUACGAAAUUAUGCACUAUCCUAUGCUUAAAUAUUUUUCUGUAAAUGCACAUCAACCAUCAUUAGGAUUAUUGAUGGAAAAGUAUGAUAAUGUUAAUGAACUUAGACACAGUUUGAUAGAUUUGUUGGAAAGAGAACAGCAAGAAGGAAGAGGUAUUUCUUGGCCGAAUAUAGCACCAUUUAGAAAUUAUGAAACAGCAAAUAUUUGGAAGGCUAUACCAAAUGCUGUAAAAUAUUUCUUUUUAUUAUUUGAAAACACAGAUUCUCAUUUAGGUGCAGAAGUUAUAUUAUAUAUGCACAAAAUUAAAAUACUACAAAUAAGAAGAGUAUUAUCUGAUAAUGAGUUGUUAUGUGAGACAAACAAAAUUACAAAUUUCCCAAGUUUAAUAGUUUUAACUCGCAAUGAAACACAAAAAAUUCUUAAAAUCAGAAUACCUACACAAGAAGGUGUGUGCACUGUAAUUAAAGAAUUUUUGAUUUCAAAAGGAGAAACAAUUCAUGAACAAAGUCCUGUUAAAAAUUAUUCAAUAAAGGAUGAAUAUCAUAAAUCAAGUACUAGCACCACAAAGCAAUUGCAAGUAAUAGAACAGCUUAUGAAUACUGACAAAAGUGAAGACCAUCUGUAUCAACUUGAUUUAGAAAAUACAUUAAGAUAUUCAAUCUCUCAUGAAAUUCCAUUACAUAAAAUAAUAAAAGAUAAAAAAAUGGAUGCAUUGAAAAAAUAUUUAAAUGUAUUAGCUGAUUAUUUUCCACUAAGAUAUGGUAAUAUUUUCCUAGAAACUACUAGAGAUAUAAUUAAAAAAAGAAAUAAUAUAUCUGGAGAAGAAUUUAGUCAAAUAGUAAAAUCUGUAGAAGAAGAAAUGUCACCAAUAUACUCUGGACCUGCAAAAUGGAUUGCCUGUAAAGGGAGUAAAGAAGGAUAUCGAGGAUAUCCUUGUGGUUUUUGGACAAUGUUUCAUAUGUUAACAGUUAAUUUUGCUACCUUAAAUAAAGAUGUUAAUCAUGAACCAAGAAAGAUAUUAGAAGCAAUGCAUGGAUACAUACAAUACUUUUUUGGAUGUGCUGAUUGUUCUCAACAUUUUAUCCAAAUGGCUUUAAAGAACAAAAUGUUUAAUGUAUCUAAUGCUAAUGAUAGUGUUUUAUGGUUAUGGUCAGCUCAUAAUGAAGUAAAUGCAAGAUUGUCAGGUGAUAACACAGAAGAUCCAAAACAUAAAAAGAUUCAAUAUCCAGCAACUGAGCAUUGUCCAAAUUGUAGAUAUGAAAAUAAUACUUGGAAUGAAGAAAAUGUUUUACAUUAUCUUAAAACAAAGUAUGAUUAUAAAAGAAUAAAUUACUAUGAUUCAGUAAAUACACAUAAAAAUAAUAGUAAUAAGAUGAAAAUAAGACAAGAAAGACUUAUAUUAAGUAAAUAUACAAAUAAUAAGAAAGUUGGAUGGGAUUUUACAAUUUUUGACAUAAGUAUUUGUGUUGUAUUGUAUGUUGCAUCUGCUAUUAUACUUAUAUUAGUUUGCAUAAAAUUUGCUGUCAAAAGAACUUAUAAAAAACGAACUUAUGUUAGUUUACUUGCAAAAUGUGAUUUUUACUUUUUUUAA